CAGUAAUUCACAAAUGAAAAAAAAGAGCAAGAUUCAUCAUAUAAAUUCUCCGCUAUGAAUAGGUCAUCCAGUUUUAGUGGUGGGCACCCUGAGCCAGCUGUGAGACUCUCAGCUCUGUUUCCACAGGUGUGCGACAAAAUACACAGUUUAUAAACAAUGGACAGAUAAAACAAGGACAGGAGAAUAAUCAAUCAGCUAAUGAAAGGCUACUUUGCUGAGUGAUUAGUAAAGAGCAGGGUAAACUGGAUUAUAAAAGCAGCCGAGAAUAAUCACAUGCCCUUCUAAAAAAAUGUGGGCUGUAUUGGUUCUUGUAGGUGCCGCAGCUGCUUCAGCUCCACUUCACAGUCACCACUUUGAUGGAGAGAAGGUGUUUCGUGUAACACCACACAAUGAAGAGCAGGUAGAAUUCCUCAACACCUUGGCCAGCAACGUGCAGAUUGAUUUCUGGAAUCCAGAGACCAUCACACAAGUAAAACCAGAAAUGAGAGUUGACUUCCGGGUUGAAGCGGACAAGUGCUUUGAUGUUCAGAGUCUCCUGGAGCAGAGAGGAGUGGAAUAUGAAAUUCUGAUCGACAACCUGCAGACGGUACUUGAUGCUCAGUUUGACAGCAAUGUUCGUGCUACUGGACACAAUUAUGAAAAAUACAACAACUGGGAAAAGAUAGCUGCUUGGACUGCUGACAUUGCUGCUCAGAACGCAAACCUUGUCUCUCGCACUCAGAUCGGGACUACAUUUCAGGGACGGCCCCUAUACCUCCUCAAGGUGGGGAAAAGUGGUUCAAACAAAAAGGCCAUCUUUAUGGAUUGUGGUUUCCAUGCAAGAGAGUGGAUCUCCCCUGCAUUCUGCCAGUGGUUUGUGAAAGAGGCUGUUAAUACCUAUGGAAGUGAUACCCUUAUGACACAACUUCUCAACAACUUGGAUUUCUAUGUCCUGCCUGUCCUUAAUAUUGACGGCUAUGUCUACACCUGGACCAAUUAUCGCAUGUGGAGGAAGACACGUUCCACAAACUCUGGCAGCAGUUGCAUUGGUACUGACCCCAACAGGAAUUUUAAUGCUAGGUGGUGCAGUGUUGGUGCUUCAAAAAAACCAUGCGAUGAGACUUAUUGUGGCAGCGCCCCUGAGUCUGAAAAGGAGACCAAGGCUCUGGCUGACUUUAUUCGUAAAAAUCUCUCCACUAUAAAGGCAUACUUGACUAUGCACUCCUAUUCCCAGAUGCUGCUGUUUCCUUAUGCUUAUACUUACUCCCUUCCAGAGAACUAUGCAGAGCUGAAUACCAUUUCUAAAGCUGCAGUUAAAGAGCUGACUUCAUUGUAUGGCACAAAAUAUACCUUUGGUGCAUCUGCUUCAACAAUCUAUCCUGCUGCUGGUGGCUCUGAUGACUGGGCUUAUAAUGAGGGUAUCAAGUACUCCUUCACCUUUGAGCUCCGUGAUAAGGGUAGAUAUGGAUUUGCACUCCCUGAAUCUCAGAUAAAGCCAACCUGUGAAGAGACUCUAAAAGCUGUUAAAUAUAUUGCCAAUUACGUCCUUGACCAUUUAUAUUAGAAUGGUACUGCAAAAUUAUUCAAGAAAGCUUGUUUCAAAUAUACUAUCCCCUUUGUUCUCUUUCCCUGAUGGCUGAUGAUUUCUGCUUUACAGAAUGCUGUUAGUUCUCCUUUACACUUGAGCUCUAGAGCCAAUGAAAAUAUCUCGGGAUUUUUCUAUUAAUCACAAAUAAAAAUGACAAUGACUCACCUACUGUUUGAAUAUUGAUAGAACAUCUGUUACUCCAGUGACUGGAUUGAAUGG